CCUCUUUGGGCGCGCAGGCGCUCACAGUCCCUGGUCCCCAGUGUGCCCGUUUCCCUGGCAGUGGGAGGCUGCCAGGGGCCCUCUCAGGGGGUCAAGACACGAGGCCACAUCAAUCCCAUCAGCAGGCCCUGAUCCCCUCCCCACCUGUGACCCCGCCGCCCCGUGACCCCGCGGCCCGCGCUCAGCCGGCCGUUGGCGCACCCCUGGCCGCGCCUGCGCCUCGGAUCCCAUCGGUCGGCGGCACCAUGCGGCCUGCGCCGGCGCUCCUCCUGCUCCUGGGCCUGGGCCUGGGCCUGGGCCUGCGCUGCGGCUGCCUCCCUCCGCCCCCCGCCCCCCGCGGCGCCCCCACGCAGGCUCCGGCUCCCGGAGCGCCCGCCGGCGACGAGUCCCGGGCCCGGCCCCGCCCCCCGGCUCCGGGAGAGGCGGCCCCGCUGCGCUCCGCGCCCCGCACCCCGGGCCUCUGUCUGCUCCGCGGCCUCAGCCUGCGGCCACGCGUGGCCCCCCGCGGCGGCGGCAGCCUGAGUGGUAGUGACCGCGGCCUCUGCUUCCGCCGCGGCCCCGCACGGCGGUGGCCUUGGCGCUGCCUCCACGUGCGCGUCCUGCUCCGCGCGCUCCGUGCCCGCCGCGCGGCGCCCACCCCCAUGGACCCGCGCUCCCCGCAGUGGCUCGGGCCUCUGGAACGGACCUUUCACCCCGGGCUGCUCAGCCCCACGGAUGCCUCCCCAGCCUCCAGGGUGUCCCCCCGCUCCAGUGGCCUUCACCCCUUCAUGGGCUUCGUGGCCCAAACCAAGUGUCCUACACAUGUCAACUCCAGCAGUUCGCAAGCGGGCGAGUCCUCAGCGUCCUGCCAGGCCUCGGGGCAGGUUGACUGCUCUAUCAGCAGGGUGCACAUCAACAGGACGCCGGGCCAUCCCAUGGUGGUGUACACCCGGCGGAUGAGCAUCGACCUCAACGCCACCGCGGACUACGACUGCCCCAACGCUCAGGACACUUAUUUUAUCUGGAAGGUUUACCCCGUGGCCUCUCUCUUCCACGAGCCGGACUGGAAGAAACCUUUGGUGGUGCCGGACCUCCAGUUAGGACAGGAUCCAACAUUCGUGCACAUCCCCCCGAAGUCCUUAGCUUUGGGUUUGUACGUGUUAAAUUUCUCCCUGACCCUGGUCACUUACUCACCAGUAUUAGCCACCGUGAAAGACUCGGACAGCGUCCACAUCUCUGUCCUUGGUGACUUCCUGAAGGCGGUUCUUCUCGGGGACGCCCGGGAGACAGUGAAGUUCUCAGACCCGCUGGUUCUGAACGGAUCCACAUCGGCGGACCCAGACUCAGACGACCCACUGGAGGGACUCCAGUUCUCCUGGUACUGCACCACCAACGCAAACAACUACAACGGAGACCACAUAAACGUGAUCAGCAAGGAGGUGUGUCUCCCGCAGCAGGUGGACCUCAAGCUGACCUGGGCCUCUGCCUCUGACCCUGUCCUGACAAUUUCCCCGGAGACACUCAGAGGAGGCAGGGUGUAUUUUUUCCGAAUGGUGGUAACGAAGACUCCCAGGACUGCCUACACGGAAAAAACCGUCCACGUGCUCCCAGCGCCAGCACCCACAGCAAGCAUUUCGUGUGUUGAAAACUGUGGCAGGAAUUUGGUUGUGUCGGAUCGGUUCUCUUUGUUUCUAAACUGUCCCAAUUGUGUCGGCAGCCGGGACGCCUACAAGUGGUCUGUCCAGCGGGCUUCGGGGGAAGAGAUCCCAUUUGAUUGGCCGGGGCAGACUUCGACGGGGAGGGACAGCGAUUCUUUGUCUAUAAAAGCUUUUGCUUUUAGUAAUUUUUCUGAAUCUCAGUUUUGGCUUGUUUUAAAUCUAGAAACUUGGGGUGGAGUGAACCUGACCCUCAGGCAUCCCUUUAUUGUGAACUAUGCCCCUCAAAUCGGAGAUUGCCAAAUUAUUCCAACUAGCGGGGUUUCGUUUUCCACCAGGUUUGUUGUCCAGUGUAAAAAUUUUCAGGACCAGAACACCCCUCUGACAUAUAAGAUGAUAGUGUCCGAUUUGUACGAUGGUUUUGGCGAAAUCAGUUCUUUACCAGACAACACCUUGGGGACCAUCCUGUAUGUGGGCAACGACUUCCAGAGCCCCCCUUCCUUUCUCCCCGUCGGUCUGGAGAGCAGUCAGUUUGCCACGAAGCUCUUCGUCCAGGUGUAUGACACGCUGGGAGCCUUCUCUCAGGUGACUCUGUUCGCCACUGUACAGGCUCCUACUGUCCAGGCCUCCCCCCAGGCCAUACUGAACCAGCUAGUCAAUUUCAGCAGGGGACCAAAUUCAGAGAUCUCUACUUUGCUCCAAAAGCAGGAGUUUCUGCCUGCAGGUUACUUAAUGUACAUGGUGGCCUCCGUUCUGAGCAGCAUGAAACCCGAACCAGCGCUGCACGAGGACAAGACCAUGCUCUGGGAACACCUGGUCAACCAGUCCUUCCUCCUCGCCAUGGACACUCUGAAUGGCAUCAACCAGGUGGUCACGGCUCUCGCCAAAGUAACCCAGAGGACGUCUGAAUUUCCCCAAGUUGCUCGGAAACCUGCCACAGACAGGAUUUGGCAGGCAAACCAAGCCUUCCGGCAGCAUCAGCAGAGAGGUCAGGACUUGCACUCGGAACAAAUAGAAACCAUGAGCACUGGGAUACUAACGGUCGUGUCGAAUAUCCUUAAAAUGGCCGAUCGUCACGUGAUUUAUGUUGACCCUUUCCGUGUCAUACAGUCUCUGGCAGAGACGGUACUGGCCGGCAAAGUGCCGGACGACGGAACCACCGUGAUGAGCAGCCCCAGCUUUAUCGUGUACGUUGGCAAAGUGGAAAAGUGGGCUGUUUCCAACCAAGUCCUAGGCAGCAAGAGAGACUGUCGGAAUUGUUUUCAGCCAACACUCAACGUGAACAGCACUCCCCUUGUGCUGGCUAACGCUCCGGUCUCCAUGGUGUUCUAUGAGUUUGCAGAUGACCCCUUCCCGUGGCUGGAUUACCCGGAGAGCCUUUCGCUAGACGUGGUUGGAUUCAGAUUGACGGGAACCAUGGCCAACGGGGACGAAACGGAGCUCACCCCCGACGUGGUGGACGUGUACGUCAGCAGGCGGAACUUGAGCUCUGCGGCCUUCAACCUCACUGUGGGCCCCGACCAGGAGCCCGAGAACCCGGACGAGUCCGCCAGGCAGACGACAGGGGCGUUCCGCUUCCAAGUGGACAGCCGCGAGGUGCGGGAGCUGCUGGUUCACAUCGUGACCGAGGUGACCGUGCAGUUCACCGUGCUGGUGUACGCCGGCUGGGAGAUGACCCCCUCCGCCUUGGUCACCACCUUCCUGGUGCCCCACGAUAUCCCUCCCAUCGUCAACCACAGCGACCUGUUUGACCCGGCCUGUGCCGUGAGCGUGGCCCGCCUAGUUUGCCUCCCGCUGUCCCUGCUGCAGGUCAUAGCUCAGCGGGGCCAGUCGCCGGAGUGUGUCAUCAUCGUGGCUUUGAAGGCACCUCAUUUUGUCAUGCAGCCCAGUAACAAGCUGGUGAGGGUUUCUCUCUUCGGGAUCCACUGCCUGGACAUGAAUGGGAUCCAGAGCGACUGGAGAGAAGACGUCUGUGUCCUCGGGGAGAAGACCACCUGGGACCGAGUGCACUGUGUCUGCGGGAAGGCCAGGCGGGCCCGGCGGCUGGCCACCGUCCCCCUGCGCUUCCGCCACCUGACAGCCAAGAUGGUCGUGCCGCCGAACCCUGUGGACCUCCGGUUAGAGGUCAUCAAGGAAGUGACCCACAACUCCGUGACCCUCUUGGUCGUCGUUUUCAUUCUGUUCCUGUACUCCGUCCUGGCUUUCUGGGCCUUGCACAGAGAUGAAACGGACCAGUUUCUUCGGGACCACGCCAUCGUCCUCCCCGACAACGACCCUUACGACAACACAUGCUACCUCGUCACUGUCUUCACAGGGAGCCGCUGUGGGUCCGGGACCAGGGCCAAUGUCUUCGUCCAACUUACCGGGACCCGGAGCACCAGCGAUGUUCAUUGUUUAAGUCACCCCCAGUUUAAAACUCUCUACCGGGGCAGCGUCAACACUUUCCUCCUGACGACCAGCAGGAACUUGGGGGACAUUCAGUCCAUCCGCGUGUGGCACAACAACGAGGGCCGCGCCCCAGGCUGGUACUUAAGUCGCAUCAAAGUGGAGAACCUGUUCAGCAGGCACAUCUGGCUGUUCAUGUGCCGCGAGUGGCUUUCUAUCGAGACCUCUUUGGACAGGACGUUUCCCGUCACUGACCCCAACGCGCCGCUGCAGAGAAUGGACUUCUUGCUCAUCGAUGGGACGUACAAGCUGGAGAAGAACCACAUAUGGUUCUCCGUGUUUGCCGGCGUCAUUGCCCGCGGCUUCAACCGGCUGCAGCGGCUGUCCUGCUGCCUGGCCAUGCUGCUGUCCACCCUCCUGUGCAACAUCAUGUUCUUCAACCUGGACAGGGAGGACAAAUCCAAGUCCCGGGAGAGCCAAUACGUCAGGUCGAUGGUCAUCGGCUUGCAGAGCGUCAUGAUCACCCUCCCGGUGCAGUUCAUCAUCUCGGGGCUGUUCUUCUACUCCCAGCGGAGACCGCAGGCCACCCUGAACGAGGUGGCACCUCAAGAGCACCCCGAGGUGGAAAAGGCGGCCGGCCACUGGGAGGAGCGGCUGGAGAAGUGGUACGCCCAGGAGACGACCGCCGAGGCGCGCUCCCAGCAGACCCCCGGCCAAAAAGCCCAGCAGUCCCAGGGGCUUAAGGGGCGCCAGGAGUCUCUUCCCCAGGCGACCCCCAAAGCAGGGCUCCCGCCUAAGAAAAGAGAAAGCAAGGGCACACCCAAACCCACCCUGCGCACAGACACCAACGCCAACACCGAAAACGUGGACCGCAGUCCCGAGGCACCGCCAGCGCCGCCACCGCCGCCGCCGCUGUCGCUGUCGCCACUGAAAUCCAGGACCGUGCUGCCUCCGUGUUGCAAGUGGAUCGCGUGGUUCCUGGUGUUCGCCACCUCGGGGGUGUCCUCGUACUUCAUUGUGUUUUACGGCCUCACCUACGGCUAUCACAAGUCGAUUGAGUGGGUCUUCGCAUCGUUCUGUUCCUUCUGCCAGUCCAUUUUCCUGGUGCAGCCGCUGAAAAUUAUCCUCCUGACAAGCAUUCGAACCAACAGGCUCAAGUACUGCAAAAACCUCCCCUGGAUCAGCAGCUACCGCUACACCGAGGUCCAGCUGCAGGAGCUCUGGCUGCACCCCGAGGAGAUGGGCCAGCGGCACCUGUACGUCGCCUACCUCCGGGCCAGCAGGAUGUACCAGCCUCUCACGCCAGACGAAGUGGGCAUUUUCCGAAGGAAGAGGGAGAUCAAGAGGAGAGCCCUGCUCUUCCUGGGCCGCUUCCUUGCUCACUGCCUCCUGCUGGCCCUCCUGCUGGGCCUCGGCACCUUCCUCCGCCAAACGGACAGCUUCCGCUACAACCAGUUCAUCCGCAGCCGCUUCUCUGCGGGGCUCGCUGCCGUCACCACGCUGGACGACAUCUACCCGUGGCUCGACGGCGUGCUGCUGCCUCUGCUCCACAACGACCCCCGCCCAACCUUCCUUCCCGACAGCUCCUCCAAGAUCCUCGGCCUCCCGCUGAUGAGGCAGGUGAGGGCGGCGCCUGGCCCCAGGGCCUGUCGGCCGGCCGGGCGCUUUCCGCCCGGCAGCAUCGAAGGAGAGAUUCGCUGCCAUCCCAAACACGGGGCCGACCCGGAGGACACCGCCGACCACCCCGGCUUCUGGAAGAAAGUUGACAAGCGGCAGGCAGACAAGAACGCCGACGGCUUCACCUACAGGCCUCGGGAGAAGCGGUGGGUGUACCACUCUUACGGGCUUCUGCACACCUAUGGCUCGGGGGGGUAUGCUUUCUAUUUCUUCCCAGACCAGCAGCGCUUUAACUCCACGCUGAGGCUCAGGGACCUCCGGAGCAGCCGCUGGCUGGACGAGAACACGUGGGCUGUGAUCCUGGAGCUGACCACCCUGAACCCGGAUGCGGGGCUGCUCUGCAGCGCGGCCGUCCUGUUCGAGGUCUCUCAGCUGGGCGUGGUGAACGCAAGCAUACCCGUGCACUCCUUCGCCCUGGCUGAUCUCAACAUAGGCAGGUCGGCGGAGGCCUACCUGUACGUGGCCAUUCUCGUGGUUUUCAUCGUCUACGUCGUAUACGAGGGCCACGUCCUCACGGAGAAGGGCCUCUUCUACGUGGCCAGUGCGAGCCACUGGUCCAACUUGGCGCACGUGAGCAUCUUUGCCGUGUGGAUCGCGCUGUCCCUGAGGAAGUACUUCCUGGCCACCGCCGUCAUCCAGUUCUACGCAUCGAACCCCGAGGACUUCAUUCCCUUUCACGCCGUGGCGCAGGCGGACCGCUACAUGGAGGUGGCGUUGGGGCUCCUGCUGUUUCUGACCAUCCUGAAGACCCUCCGGUACCUCAGGUUCUUCUACCACGUGCGCCUGGCCCAGGGGGUCCUCCAGACGGCCCUGCUCGGCACCUGCCACGCGGCGCUCCUGGUGUGCGUGUACGUCCUGCUGUUCGUGGCUCUUGGCCACCUGGUGUUCGGCCAGCACGAAUGGGGCUACAGCAGUGUGGUCCACGCCACGCAGACCGUCUUCUCCUACUGCACCGCAGCUUUGCGGGACGAGGAAUUUUCCAGCAACAGGGCCCUCGGCAUCCUGUUCCUCGCGGCGUUUGUGCUGCUGCUGAUUUGCGUGCUGAUGAACCUGUUCUCGGCUGUGAUCCUGUCUGCCCACAGGGCCCUGCGGCAGCCCGUGUACGAGGAGCCUUCGCAGGAAGCGGAAGCCAUAGUCUACCUGUACGACAAGCUCCGGACGGGCUUCGGCUUCCUGUCCACCCAGCCCCAGGACCCAGGCGAGCGGCAGCCCCUGGUGGACAUGCUGUACGGGAAGCCGGAGAAGUGCAGCAGGCACUACCGGGGACUGAAGACCAGGAACAUCAACGAGAGGAAGAUGGUGUACCUGGUGGUGUGACGCCGCCGGCUGCAGGAGAG